AUGGAUUCUAAAGUUUGGCAGCGAGCUGCCGCCGAUAUGAAGCCUCCUGGUGUGCCGAACUCAUUCAGGCACGCCAAAAACCAGCAAAAUGUUGCCAGUGUGCUACUCCGUCGCGAGUUUGGCGGUUCCAGACGCCAUCAGACUGUGCGUGCCAUUGGUGACGAUAGAGAAGAAAAAUUCUGGGCUGAAAGCGAGAGUGCCGCUAAGCACCAGAGUCGUUAUUUUGAGCUGCCACAGACGACCAAGUCAACGAUCUCCAUCGCUAUUAGUCCUGACGGAAAGACGUUUGCCUCGACCCAUGGAGACCAUACAGUGAAGAUUAUCUGCUUUGAAACGGGAAACGUCAUUCAGACGUUAGUGGGUCAUCCACGAACUCCUUGGAGUGUGAAAUUCCACCCAACAAAUCCGCGCUAUGUAGCUUCCGGUUGUCUAGGUUUUCAAGUUCGAUUUUGGGAUAUUGAGACUGGCCGGUGUCUCUACGUUUCGACGCUUCGUCACGCAAUCAUUUCAAUCUCUUUUCACCCAUCGGGAGACAUUUUGGCGAUCGCUAGCGGAACAUGUGUAUACACAUGGGACUAUCAGCACACAUGCCCGCGAAUUGCAAUGUUUAGCUACCAAACACUACGCUCUGUCACUUUCUUGCCGGACCCGACCAAGAUUAUGGUUGGAGAAGCGAAUGAGCGCUACGUGAGACCACAAGGGCAAGCUCCGCCUUCGGAUCUCACUGUGACACUAACAAUGUGGGAUUUUGAUCCGUCGUGGGCGCUCUCGCCAGAGCCACUACUGACGAAAAAGGCAAUGAAUAAUAGCCGCGUGAUUCUUUCCCACGCUCUUAUCUAUAAUGACGGUGGCUUCGACAUCUCUCGUUGCGGGCGAUACCUGGCAAUAUGUGCUGAUUUCUCUUUGCGGCAAGCUGAAAAAGAGGUGGAAAUGGAAGCAGAAAAUGAGGCCGCUACGGAUUUGGAAAGUAUCUUAUCCGCCGUACCAGCAACACAGGAACAGGGUGGCUCCGCAAGCCCGAGCGACGACGUGAAUGACGUAUCCGUAUCUAACCCACAAGCUAUUUCUCUCAAUGAAAGUAGUUCUUCAUCAGCAGCAAUCACAAGAAGAUCCGGCAUCGGUCUAUCGACAUCAAUGCCGUUGUCUCUUCCAAUUCACUCACCACCUCCACGAUUAGUGUCCAUUUCUGGCAUGCACACGGGUGCUCCAAACAUGCUUGCUGCUCUGCAAUCAGCAGCUGCAGACUUAUCGCUUACAAUGGAUCAGUACAUGAACCAGCAGAUACGACGAGUGAGACCGCGGCUACAUCCACCGCAUAGCAUCCAGCGAUAUACAGCAAGCAUUGAACCUGCACGUAGCACAGUGACUCCAGCUGCAGUCCCUCAACAUCGAUAUUCACAAAUUCGACCAAACAUUGCGCUCAGUCGGACACGGUUCACGAGAAAUCAACGGAAUCGUCGAGGACGAUUGUCGUCAGAGAACCAGUCAACGUGGCUGGCCUUAAUAUCCUUGGAUCCUGAACAGCUUGGCCGUGUUGUACAGACCUGCCACUUAGCAGAGACAGCAGCAGGAGGCGUGACAUCGGUAAAAAUUUCGCCAACCUCAGCUUAUGUACUACUUGGCUAUGGUGUACGAGAUCGCAUACAACGCGAGACAGAGUUUCCAGUUCAUCGUGUUACGCGUAUUUAUCGCUGGGAAGAUAUGGCAUUACUGUCGCAUGUAGAAAGUGCAAUGGACGAUGUAAAUAUUGCUUUGUUCAGUCCAAUUUGCGGCGGUGGUUUCCUCUAUGGGACUAAACAAGGAAAAUUACGAGUUUGUAAUACAUUCCGUGGUGACUUUCACGAUGAAGAGAACUGUAAUGUUUUGGAUGGUCCACGUCGAUGCCAUUACGAUCAAAACGUAAAUGGCGAAGAUGAAAAUGAUGAUCUGGGCGAGGAAGGGGACGAAGAUGAGGAGGAUGACGACGACGGGGUCGAUGACGAUGAAGAGGAUAUGGAAGAUGACAACGAUGACGAUGAUGUUGAUGCUGAAGAAAAUGAUAAUGAAGACGCCGAAAUGGACGAGUAG